AUGAGGGCAAAGAAACCUGUUCUGCACACACUCCGAGAUUCUGAACCUUUUCAUUCCACAUUUUUCUGCCUAUAUAUAUGCAUCUUCUCUCCCGGCCAGCCAGCUCUCAACACCUCGCCAAAAGCAUCCUUUACAAAUUACAAUGUCUCUUUUCUGUGGCUCCUCAACUCAGACAACCUCGUCCUUCACGGACCGAGAUCGACAAGAUCAAGAUCUUCCGCAAGGAAUUUCACAUGGCACUUGGAAACCCCCAGAGUUUGGGAGGACACCACUUUGGGUGGGUUUCCAAGUGCCUUGUACUCGACGCGACCAACAUCUCCGAGUACACUCUGGAGUCGCAGUAAACACGAGAGGCAAAACCCAGGGUACGACAGUGUUCCGCAAGCCACGAGAGACGCUGCUGCAGCGGGCGCACUCUCCCCUCCCGUUCCUUGAGGACGGAGAGUGCCAUGGCAACAGCUUGCUGCAGCUAAGCGUCCUCGUGCUGGAUGAGUCUCACGACGCGAAGAACGAGGAGUCUGUCUUGAACGAAAGUCUUUGCAACCUUCGAUUCAGCAAGGCCAUCCUCGCGACAGCCACCCCAGAGUCCAACUCGGACAGGGACUGGGCCGGCCAGCUGAAGAUCCUCGGUCUCAUCGACGGACUGGAGCACUUCAACUCCCUGUUCUAUAACCAGACGGGGAGGGGCAACAGGGGGGAGCUUCAGAAGCACCUUCUGCGGCCACUGGUCGCGAACCUGGUCGUCGCUCGUGAGAAGACCCUCGUGUCGCUUCCCGGUCUGACCGAGGUGACUUCCCCUUUCGGCAUGAACGGCAUGGAGUGUGAGCCAUUCCUGAUUGCAUGGCUCGUCGAAAGAGCGGAGACAUGCAUGAAGAAGGCAGAGGAAUCCGCCUCCCAGACGGAGAAUGCGACGCGUGGUCACAGGUUCUUCGCUGCUGCCCAGAAGGUGGCCGGCGUUAUGCCAGCCAUUCUUUUCGAAGCCCACGACAAUCCUGCCGCGAACGGCCGCUUGAUGGUCAUGCUAGGACAGAUCCCUCGCGCCCUAGCGGAUAUCGGAGGAUCGCAACUCUGGACGCAAUCAAGCAGAUCAAGACCGCGCGGCCCAACGAAAAGAUCAUUGUGGUGUCUCAACAUGUCAGAUUCCUGGAAUUGAUCAAGAAGUCGCCCGGGAUACGUGAGCAAAUUGCGGGAUGAUGCCACAGAAUUGGACAGACAAGGCGAAGUAACAUUGUACAUCUCUCUGGGGACGGUUCGGCCAUCGACAAGAAGCUCGAGAACAGCAGCGCGAUGAAGCUGGCAAGAAGCGAGCAGGGCAAAAAGUACUGGGUGCGACAGACGGCUCGACCGGACUUGGUUCUGGUGGCUGUCGAAAGUCUGAUGGAUCAACAUGGCAUUUGAGUAAUGAUCAAGAAGCACGGCGGAGUUUAACAAGAUUACCCACACCUUUCAUUGAGACAAUAAACCAUCUUCCUCACCA